CUAGUGUCACACAUACAUUUUGCGAUUUUUGCGGGAAUCUGCAUAACCUUAAAAUAUCACCCGAAAAAAAGGAAACAAUGUCGAUUCACGUAGAAAAUACAUUACACAAAACAAAUAAAGAAGCUUUCGAGCAACGUGUUCACUAUGUGCCGUGUAAAGUGGAAGAAGAUGGUCCUGCUAAUGUAGAGAAAUAUUUCGAGCCGUAUGUCCGUGAAGAAAAUGGAGAAUUAACGGCGUCCUUCCGUGGGCAUCCUCUAGACGGCACCAAGAUGAGUUUUCCCGAGGGCUACAGAGCCGUUGUGGCCACUGAGGCCAAAAGACCGCUCUCGGAAGACGCCGAUCGCAAAUUCCAUGUAGUGGGAGGCUUCAAGGACUUCAUAUACUGGAAUUGGGACAAGAAACCGUCUAAGAAUGACAACAUGGUCAAAGCAUUGGAUUGGAUAGACAUUGCUGAUGCGAUCCACGGAGAUUGAUCUUCAAAUAGACAUAAGCUGUAACAGUGAAAGAUGUCUAGCUCAUCUAGCAACACCUCACUAAAUUCAACAAUUUUGCUGCAGCGCCUGCAGCAAGUUGUUAUAACGCAGAUUUUUUUCUUGCACAGCAAACUUCCUGCCUCGCACAGCUUCACUGAAAUGUCACCUGCCAUAUUUCCUGACGGAUACUAGUGGGGGGACACUCCUCCUUUCGGUCAAACUCGGCUUCAUUCGACUCAGCAUUGCUCCGAGCAAUUAUUAGGGUUGGCACAACUUGCGUGCAUGCAGUCUGCUCGUUUGCCUCCUAUUAAAAAAAAAACUGCUGCGCCUAAUCGACAUGUUGUUAUAUCUUAUCCGGCAAACGAGUUUUGUCAGUAACAGUAGAAUAAAAAACUUGUACCCAUCCAGCUCAUCCUUUUCUUUUGGUUACAAUACUAUACUUCAUUGUGAGGUUUAGACAAGCAAAAACUUGCAUGCAAUUUUCAUUACAUUGCGGUAUCUGAUAAACAUUUUGAAUGCAGUUUGUAGUCGGCAAUGUAACGUAAAUUGCAUGCAAUUUCUUGCUAGUCUAAACCUCGCUUAUUUUUAGCAUUAGAAAGAACUUGCAGAAGUAAACUUGUGGUUCCAAAUUGGGCACUUUUUGCGGUAAAAUUUUGAAGUAAAUUACGUAUUGACCAUGCUUUAAGAGCAGGGCUCGGAACCGGUAUUUUUUAAAAACCUCGAAAUAUCCCAAUAUUUUGAUUUUUUUUAUGCUCAUUACGUAGGACUGAAUCAUGUAUUUAGGAAACAAUUUUGCAUUAUUAAAACGUCCCAUUAAAAAUGAAAUUAUAAACAAAAGAACGUAAUAAUACCGGUAUUUUUGUAUAGAGCAAAUACCGGUUUCCGACCCCUGCUUUAGAGCAUAAGAAAAAUACAGCAUGAUUCUCUCUGCACAUGAUCCAAUUAAUCUUGCCAAAAUAAAGUUACUUUUAAAGAUUCUACUAGUUCUACUACUCAUAAAUAUUAUCAUGAUAAAAAACCUAAUAGACCUGUACCGCUGGCUAUAUUUUGACCCCUAGGUUAUAAAAAUAUUAAAGUCAAUUCUGUUUUCGCUUAUGAAUACUUUGUUAAGAUGUAAAUCUUACAUUUUGUUUUGUGUCAUAUAUAUAAUUUGCUUUUCUAGUAAUUUGUUAUUUUGUGGUAAUUAUUUUUUAUUUUGAAUUAUCUUGGAGAAAAAAAUAUUCGAGAGAAAACAUGUAACUGUGUUGCAUUUAGGAUAGUGUUUUUAGUGUGAAAACAUAGUUUGUGUCAAUUACGUCCACUGCAAUCUGAUACUAUGUCAUAAUAUUCUAAAAGACACAAAAAAAAAUUAGAGUUAAAAAAAAUUACUUAGGUCGAAUUUAAUCGUUUAAAUAGGUCCAUUAAAUGAUUUUGUGUCUUAUUAAGGCAUAGCUUCAUAAGAUAUUUGAUGAUUUUGUUGUAACAGGCUGUCACCGUUACAAAAGAAUAUUAAAGAUAUUAGAGUUUACAUCUUAUUAAUUUGAAAUGCGGGAUAAAUAAGAUGUAUGAAUUUGUGUCACUUGCAUCCACUGCAUAAACAAAUAUUACAAAAAUAUUAUUUGCGUUCAAACGAAGCUAGCGGGCGGUCUGAAUGGGCAACGGAGGCCGUGCAGGGUGGGGCCGCGGCGUGACCUUGCCGUACGCAACGCAUGUUUACUUCGCCUGUGCGCCAAAUUAACGCAACUUAUUCAAAGAAGUUACGCAAACAACACAACAACAAGCAACAAGCAAGCAAAGAAUGCGUCGAAUUAUCUUUUACCUAUUUAAAACUCAUAGAUAUUGUACAAUGUCACCAUUAUGCAAAAGAACUGUAAGUACAUGUUUGAUUUGCGAGCGAGCUGGCAACAUUGCGAGGGGAAAUCUUAAAAAUAUCGCGUUUACGUGAACGCCACAUACAUUUGUGACAGUGAUAGGGAAAAGGUACCACUAAAGUAAAAUUUGGUUAUUAAUACCGUGACUUUCUUUCAUUCUUUGAUAAAAAAAUUGCUAUUUAUGCAACAAGUGCGGAAAUCAUCUUUACGCACGUGUAUCAUACAAUGUUUUACUAUGCAUUGUGCGAGUAAAUAAAAAAACAUGUCAUGGCAAAUAAGUUUAAUUAUUAAAAGGAGUGUUUUAAAUCGACACGAGUUGCGAAUUACCUAUUCGCACGUGUAUCGUACGUUUUACAGUACAUAUGGCCCUUUAAACUUUCGACAUAUGCACGGUAAGUGCUCUUUUCCGCACUAGUGCGAGAAAGUAGCACCAUAUGUACUGUAAAAAAAAAUUGAAAACAAAAAGCACUAGUGCGGAAAAGCAGUACUUUCCGCACGAUAUGGCUCCGUAGGAAACGCACUUUUCGAGCACAUCCAUUGUAAAAAAAUAUAUAGGACUGUAUCUCCUAAACCAUGCGUCGUAGCGCAAAAAUAAUAAAAUUUUCGUUCCCCUUUAUGUAACCCAAAAGUAAUACAUGAAAAAUACAAUGAAAAAAAAAAGAUACAAAAUCUUUAUAGGGCUGUAUUAGCUGUAUCUCCUAUAUCGUGCAUCGUAGCGCAAAAAUAAUCAAAUUUCGCUCCCCUUCAAGAAGCCCCUAAUUAAGAUUUAAAAACGCAAAAAAGAAAAAAAAAGAGGAAAAAAUCUUUAUAGGGCUGCAUCUCCUAAACCGUGCAUCGUAGCACAAAAAUAAUCAAAUUUUCGUUCCCCUUAAGAAAUCCUUAAUUAAAACUUUUAAAAAAACCAGGAAAAAAACUUUAUAGAGCUAUUAUAGCUAUAUAUAUAGAUAUAAUAUCUCCUAAACCGUGCGUGGUGGCGCAAAAAUAAUAAAAAUUUCGUUCCCCUUUAUGAAGCCCCAAAGUAAUAUACUAAAAACACAAUGAAAAAAAAGAAAAAAAUAACAAAAAAACUUUAUAGGGCUGUAUCUCCUACACCGUGCAUCGUAGCGCAAAAAUAAUUAAAAAAAAUCCCUUUAAGAAACCCCUAAUUAAGAUUGAAAAACGCAAAAAAGAAAAAGUGGAAAAAAAAUCAUUUUAGGGCUGUAUCUCCUAAACCGUGCGUCGUAGCGCAAAAAUAAUAAAAUUUUCGUUCCCCUUUACGGAACCCCAAAAUAAUAUACAAAAAACACAAUGAAAAAAAAAAACAACAAAAAAAAUCUUUAUAGGGCUGCAUCUCCUAAACCGUGCAUCGUAGCACAAAAAUAAUCAAAUUUUCGUUCCCCUUUAAGAAACCCUUAAUUAAAACUUUAAAAAAAACCAGGAAAAAAACUUUAUAGAGCUAUUAUAGCUAUAUAUUAGAGAUCCACGCCGCAGCCAAAAAACCCGGCGGCGGCGCGCUGGGUUUUGAACCCGGCGCGGCGCGGCGUCGCCGGCGUGAGGACAUUUUUUAGGAGGAAUAAUUUAAAAAAAACAUAACUAUGCUAGGAAUAAACAUUUAUUUCUUAUCUCCAUCAAUCACUGACUAAAAAUUGUUUACAGUACAGCUACAGUGGUUGUAAUUAUCGUGAAUAAAAAAUAUUUUGUUCACCUUUGCCGGAUUUAAGCGCGAUCGCUUAGCAGUCAAAACCAUCCCAGCUACAGAAAACACCCUUUCACUGGGUGUACUUGUAGCUGGAAUGCUUAAAAGUGACCGCGCCAACCCUGCAAGCUAAGGAAACAUUUUUUUUUGUUCCCAAUACAAUAUCGCCUACCCUGUUCGUUCUGCAUAUCAAUGAUAUGUUAUUUACUAACAAUAUUCAUUGCUAUGCGGAUGACAGCACUGGUGAUAGCUGUUAUACAGGUCGUGCAAACGCCCCCCCACCCCUGAGCAGGUGUCGGAGUGCAGGAUGCGACUUGUGUCUGAGAUCGAGACGUCCCUUGAAUAGGUCUCCGAAUGGGGUAGACGUAACCUCGUCCAGUUCAACCCUAGUAAGACACAAGUCUGCGCGUUUUCCGCCAAAAAAAAAACCCAUUUGUCACGGCGCCAAAGUUUCAGGGCAUUCCCCUUACCACCGCUAAAAGUAUCGCGAUACUUGGUGUCGACAUUACGAACGAAGUCCAGUUUCGUAGUCAUCUGGAACAAAAAGCCAAACUGGCCUCCAAAAAACAGAGCCAAACAGUACUUCACACCGGGUCACCGACUUUUGUUAUAUAAAGUGCAGGUUCGACCUCAUAUGGAGUACUGUUCUCAUCUCAUCACUGGUCUGGCGCUCCACAAUACCAGCUCCUUCCCCUUGACUCCAUCCAACGGCGGGCAGUUCGUAUUGUCGGCGAUCCCGAACUUACUGUACAAUGGGGAAUGUUCCGAAGAACUUUUUGAUCUGGUGUCAUCGUCUCGUUUCUAUCACCGCACGCACCUCCCGCCAAAGGAGCAAAACUCAUCCUCACUUCUUAGACACAUGGCACACCAAGAAUAAGCGGGCAUCUCGCUCGUUUCUUCCCAGAACGUGCAAAAUGUGGAAUGAGUUGCCUCCUGAGGUAUUUCCUUUGCGCUUCGACAUGGGAUUCUUCAAGAAGCGGGUAUUUAGGGUUCUCAAGGGUCGGCAAUGCUUAAUGGCUCCUGUGUUGUUGCUUAUGUCCAUGGGCGACGAUGACUGCUUCCCAUCAGCCGGCUCGUCUGCUCGUUUGCUGACUAUCACAUAAAAAAACUAGUCAAGCCAAGCACUGCAAUGAAGUGAGUGAGCCAGCGUUCGUUCUUUCACUUCACUCACGCGGCGUGAUGGAUAGAUGAUGCGGUGGGGAUGGGGGUCAGUGGAGCGGGCGGGAGUGAUGCAUGCAGCGACCAGUCGCUAGCGCACGGAAUGGCGACAGCGCAUUGUUUGUUUUGGUCGGUUUGUUCAUCAUAUUUAUUCGAAUUUCGAGGUCGGCGCGAAAUUUUGAACGAAUAUAAUAUCUCCUAAACCGUACGUGGUGGCGCAAAAAUAAUAAAAUUUUCGUUCCCCUUUAUGCAACCCAUAAUUUAUAUUUAAAAAAAAAACGCAAAAUUUAAAAAAAAAAUCAUUAUAGGGCUGUAUCUCUUAAACCAUGCGUCGUAGCGCAAAAAUAAUUUAAAAAAACCCCUUUAAGAAACCCGUAAUUAAUACUUAAAAAAAAAAAACAAAAAAAAACCAGGAAAAAAAACUUUAUAGAGCUGUAUCUCCUAAACCGUGUGUGGUACCGCAAAAACAAUAAAAUUUUCGUUCCCCUUUAUGCAACCCAUAAUUUAUAUUUAAAAAAAACGCAAAAUUUAAAAAAAAAUCUUUAUAGGGCUGUAUCUCCUAAACCAUGCGUCGUAGCGCAAAAAUAAUAAAAUUUUCUUUCCCCUUUAUGCAACCCAUAAUUUAUAUUAAAAAAAAACGCAAAAUUAAAAAAAAAAAACAUUAUAGGGCUGUAUCUCUUAAACCAUGCGUCGUAGCGCAAAAAUAAUUUAAAAAACCCCUUUAAGAAACCCGUAAUUAAUACUUUAAAAAAAAAACAAAAAAAAAACAGGAAAAAAAACUUUAUAGAGCUGUAUCUCCUAAACCGUGCGUGGUACCGCAAAAAUAAUAAAAUUUUCGUUCCCCUUUAUGAAACCCGAAAGUAAUAUACAAAAAACACAAUGUAAAAAAGAAAAAAAGAAAAAAAAACAAUAAAAAAAUGUUUAUAGGGCUGUAUCUCUUAAACCAUGCGUCGUAGCGCAAAAAUAAUUUAAAAAACCUCUUUAAGAAACCCGUAAUUAAUACUUUAAAAAAAAAACAAAAAAAAACCAGGAAAAAAACUUUAUAGAGCUGUAUCUCCUAAACCGUGCGUGGUACCGCAAAAAUAAUAAAAUUUUCGUUCCCCUUUAUGAAACCCCAAAGUAAUAUACAAAAAACACAAUGUAAAAAAGAAAAAAAGAAAAAAAAAACAAUAAAAAAAUCUUUAUAGGGCUGUAUCUCUUAAACCAUGCGUCGUAGCGCAAAAAUAAUUUAAAAAACCCCUUUCAGAAACCCGUAAUUAAUACUUAAAAAAAAAAACAAAAAAAAACCAGGAAAAAAAACUUUAUAGAGCUGUAUCUCCUAAACCGUGCGUGGUACCGCAAAAACAAUAAAAUUUUCGUUCCCCUUUAUGCAACCCAUAAUUUAUAUUUAAAAAAAACGCAAAAUUUAAAAAAAAAAUCUUUAUAGGGCUGUAUCUCCUAAACCAUGCGUUGUAGCGCAAAAAUAAUAAAAUUUUCGUUCCCCUUUAUGAAGCCCCUAAAUAAUAUACAAAAACACAAGAAAAAGAAAGAAAAAAAUAAUAACAAAAAAACUUUAUAGGGCUGUAUCUCCUAAACCGUGCAUCGUAGCGCAAAAAUAAUCAAUAUCCGUUCCCCUUUAAGAAGCCCCUAAUUAAGAUUUAAAAACGCAAAAAAGAAAGAGAAAAAAAUCAUUUUAGGGCUGUAUCUCCUAAACCGUGCGUCGUAGCGCAAAAAUAAUAAAAUUUUCGUUCCCUUUUAUGAAACCCCAAAGUAAUAACAAAAAACGCAAUGACAAAAAAAAGAAAAAAAAACAACAAAAAAACUUUAGGGAUGUAUCUCCUAAACCGUGCAUGGUAGCGAAAAAUAAUCAAAUUUUCGUUCCCCUUAAGAAGCCCUUAAUUAAGAUUUAGAAACGUAAAAAAGAAAAAGAAAAAAAUCUAUAUAGGGCUGUAUCUCCUAAACCGUGCGUCGUAGCGCAAAAAUAAAACCUCAAAGUAAUAUACAAAAAACACAAUGUAAAAAAGAAAAAAAGAAAAAAACAAUAAAAAAAACUUUAUAGGGCUGUAUCUCCUAAACCGUGCGUCGUAGCGCAAAAAUAAUCAAAUUUUCUUUCCUCUUUAUUCAACCCUUAAUUUUUAUUUAAAAAAAAACGCUUUCACUAAACUGCUGUAACUCGGAAACUUAGAAUCCACAAAGGGGACUUUACUAAAUUAUGACACAUAUUAAAGCCUGACCAGUAAUAUAUGAUCAUUGUCAAGAGGGCGCUGUUCAUUCUCAUGUAUAGGGUGACAGUUCAGUAUAGUAUGAAAAAAUAUUGUAUUUAAUGAACAUCAUCAUCAAUGUAAUUAAUGUUGCUUGCCACGCUUAAACAUAACAAAAAUCACAAUAAAUUGCGUCUUAAAAUAAACUUAAAAAGUCUACUAAAAAUCGAAACAAAAGUAAUUUUUAAGUCGCUGUUGUGACAUUCUCAAUCAAAAGGUAGGUACCACUUUGUCGUUUACCAUAAAGACGAAAUUUGAUUAUAUCUUUAUACAAAUAACCUGUCAGAGAAAGUGGUACCUUUUGAUUAGGAACGUCACAAAUGUUGGUCAGUAUGAGGAGUGCAGCCUACAGUUUAUUUUUAAUUAUAUUUAUAUACCUACUACGGUAAGAUUGAUAAGACAAUGUAAUUAUGCCUCCGAAUUAAAUAAAUACACUGUAUCGCAAAACUAAGUGGCGAGACAGCUCAUAAUGCCAUCUCUUGGUUGGUCUUAACAAGGGUAAAGGAGAUAGUAUUAAGAUCUCAGUCGCCAGCUGAUAUUGCGGCAAGUAUAAUAAGCACCCCACCCGCGUAGGUACCCUUCCCCGCGCACGCCCUUCUUGCUCAAUUGAGUUUUAUUUUGCCAGAUAGUAAAAAAACCGUGGAUCAAAAUGACCCAAAUUAUGAAUGAUGUCUCAAUGUGGUAUUAUAAUAUUGUAGACGUAAACUUAAUAACAUGAAUUUUUUUUUGUGGCAGAUACAGGGUGUUAAUAAGAAAAAAUUUUUUUUUUAAUAAAAGCGGUGGAUGAAUUUGACACAGAUUUGUUUGAAUAACAUAUAACAAUGUUCUGUAAAGUACAACACUUCACUUACCGACUCUAAUAUUUUUUUAGGCGUUUUAGGAUCAAUAUUAGGUAUUUAUUAAAUGCCAUUAUACCCGUGGAUGAAAAUGACACAAAAUGCGUGUGUACGUCGGAAGCCACUUUGCCUUUACAGGGAAACAAAGAAUUUCGUCUCGAAUAUUUUUUUUACAGAAUGCUGAUUGAAAAAAGAAAUACCUAAAUUUCUACCUAAGCAAAUACCUAGGAUGACACAAAAUAUUAUUUUUAGGUUUAGUAUAUGGUCUGGAAACUAUAUAUAAAAAAUAAGCAACAUUAAUAUUCUUAUAACCUCAGAAGUUAUUGGUACAGGUCUAUAAUGCUGACACUUCUUGCUCAGUUAGGAUCAAUUUUAAAUGGCGAAAAGUGAAAGGUAGUAAAUAUGUAUGCAGGGGUACUAAGCUAAUAGUUUUGUUCACUGUACAACCGUGGAAUUAUAUAUAUAAUAGUAAU